UUGCUCUGCCGCAUCUCCAAACACUCCGCCAACAUGAAGGUCCAGCUGCUCUGCCUGCUGCUGGUGCUGCUGUGCACCUCUCAAGUGCAAUCUCUUCAGUGCUACACAUGCGAGAAUGAUCCAAAGUGCAAGACUCCAGCGGAGUGCCCCGCCUCCGCCAUGUACUGCAGGACAGAGGUGACAGGGACGGUUUUCUCUCGGACGUGCGAGGAGAAGUGUGUGGAGACAUUUGGGGUCACCUGCUGUAUGGAUGACCUCUGUGGCCCAUAACUCCCUGCGAGACCCACUGGUUGUCAGUUCCUUAGCCAAACAUCCUCCUGUAAUUAUAGAUGCUGCUUCAUAAACGGCAUGGGCUACUUAAGUCUCUCUGCAAAUGGCACCAUUGAUUUUCUGUACCCUGUAACCCACCUGAAAUUGCAUUUAUUCCUUUUCUAAGGCUCCCAAUAAAAAAGACGUGGUAAUA